GCAGCCAUCUUAUUACCAUCCUCCUCAGUCGAUAAACAUCUUCUGGAUAUUUCUUCCCAUACUGAAGAAUAUCAGACGGGGUUUUAAACGCGUUUAUUCUGAACCAUUUUGUUGUGGUUUUGAAUACAGUCGGGAUGCGGAACGGCAGGUCCGGACCUGUGUGUAGAGCAGGCGGUCUGCCGCUGUUGCUGCUCGGAUUGCUGUGCGCAGUGGAGGCAGCUAAAGUUAACAAGCACAAGCCAUGGAUUGAGACCACAUUUCAUGGAAUUGUGACAGAAAAUGAUGACAAAGUUCUUUUGGACCCUCCACUAAUAGCCCUGGAUAAAGAUGCUCCGCUACGUUACGCUGAGAGUUUUGAGGUGACCCUUACAAAAGAAGGGGAGAUUUGUGGCUUCCGCAUUCAUGGACAAGAUGUGCCAUUCGAGGCUGUGAUGCUGGAUAAGUCUUCAGGUGAAGCAGUGAUCCGGGCAAAGGAGAAACUGGACUGUGAGCUUAGAAAAGAGCACACCUUCACCAUCCAGGCCUAUGACUGUGGAGAGGGUCCUGAUGGGGACAACAUGAAGAAAUCUCACAAGGCGACAGUCCAUAUUCAAGUGAACGAUGUGAAUGAGUAUUCACCCGUGUUCAAGGAGAAAUCAUACAAAGCCACGGUCAUCGAGGGCAAAUCAUAUGACAGCAUCCUAAAGGUUGAGGCAGUGGAUGCUGACUGCUCUUUCCAGUACAGUCAGAUUUGCAGCUAUGAUAUCGUCACCCCUGAUGUGCCCUUCACUAUUGACAAGGACGGCAACAUCAAGAACACGGAAAAGCUGAACUACAGUAAGGAGCGUGUUUACAAGCUAACGGUGACUGCAUUUGACUGUGGAAAGAACCGAGCCUCUGAGGAUGUCCUCGUCAGAAUCAACGUCAAACCAACCUGCAAACCAAGCUGGCAAGGCUUUAAUAAGAGAACUGAGUAUGAGCCCGGCACAGGAAGUCUAGCCCUGUUCCCUAGCAUUCAUCUAGAGACCUGCGAGGAGCCGAUUACCUCCAUCCGGGCCAGCAUUGAGCUGGAGACCAACCACAUUGGCAAAGGCUGUGACAGAGACACAUACUCCGAAAAAUCCCUGCACCGCCUGUGUGGUGCCAGUGCAGGCACAAUGGAGCUGCUUCCUGCUCCCAGCAGUGCCACCAACUGGACUGCAGGACUCCCCACUGAUAAUGGGCAUGACAGUGACCAAGUUUUUGAGUUUAAUGGCACUCAAGCUGUAAAAGUGCCUGAUGGUGUGAUCAGUACCAACCUGAAGGAACCCUUUACCAUCUCGGUGUGGAUGAGACAUGGGCCUGGUAGCCGCGAGAAAGAAACCAUUCUCUGCAACUCUGAUAAGACAGAGAUGAACAGACAUCAUUACUCCCUGUAUGUACAUAAUUGUCGCCUGGUGUUGCUCCUGCGUCAGGACCCGAGUGAGGCAGAGAACUAUAAACCAGCUGAGUUCCACUGGAAACUUGACCAAAUCUGUGAUAAAGAGUGGCACCACUAUGUGCUAAACAUCGAGUUCCCGGCAGUGACUCUGUUUGUGGAUGGAGCCUCCUUUGAGCCUUUCCUAGUCACAGAGGAUUACCCACUCCAUGCCUCUAAGAUUGAAACCCAGCUCACUAUUGGUGCUUGCUGGCAAGACCUCACAGGACAUGACAAUGACACUGAGACAGUCUCAGAGCCUGUGACAGGAGGCGUCGGCCGCAUGACUCAGUACUUCCGGGGUAAUUUGGCAGGUCUGAUGAUUCGCACAGGAAAACUGGAGAACAAGAAAGUGAUUGACUGUCUGUACACAUGUAAGGAGGGACUGGAUGUGCAGCUUCCAGAGGAGGUUGCUUCUUCUGUAAAGGUGGACUUUAACCCCAAUCAGUCUUCUCUGACUCUGGAAGGAGAUGAUAUUGAGAGCUUUGAAAAGGUCAUGCAGCACAUCUCUUACUUGAACUCCAGGCAAUUUCCCACACCGGGAAUAAGGCACUUACGCAUCACCACCACAGUCAAGUGCUUCAAUGAGGAGACAUGCAUCUCGGUGCCUGACGCUGAAGGCUACGUCAUGGUACUUCAGCCAGAGGAGCCCAAAAUCAGCCUGAGCGGUAUAGACCACUUUGCACGUGGAGCAGCUGACUUUGAGAGCGUUGAGGGUGUGACUCUGUUCCCAGAGCUGCGUGUUGUGAGCACCAUCACACGUGAGGUGGAGACUGAGACUGAGCCUGAGUCUGAAACUGAGGGAGAGGAUGAGCCAACAGUGCAAGAGUCUGUGGUUUCUGAAGAGAUCAUGCACAACCUAGACACAUGUGAAGUGACUGUAGUGGGGGAUGAACUGAAUGGAGAUCAUGAGAGUCUGGAGGUUGAUUUGGCUCAGGUUCAGCAGAGAGGCCUGGAUAUCAGCUCAUCUAAUGUCGGCAUGGUUGUCACUGGUGUGAACACCAUGACCAACUAUGAGCAGGUGCUGCAUCUUAUCCGCUACAGAAACUGGCACACCGAGGCUUUAUUUGACAGGAAAUUCAAGCUGGUCUGCUCCGAACUUAACGGUCGCUACAUCAGCAACGACUUCAAGGUUGAGGUCAACGUCAUCCACACAGCUAACCCAGUUGAACAUGCUAAUAAUGCCAUGUAUCAGCCUCAGUUCAUCAACCAAGUCAAGCAUGCCUCAGUGGAUCUGUCUGGUCACAACCUGGCCAACACACAUCAGGCUUCAGUUGUACCCAGUGCCGCCACCAUUGUCAUAGUGGUGUGUGUAAGCUUCCUGGUGUUUAUGAUUGUUCUGGGAGUUUUCCGUAUUCGUGCCGCUCAUCAGCACACCAUGAAAGACCAGGAGAAUGGAAAAGAGAAUGAAAUGGACUGGGAUGACUCUGCCCUCACCAUCACCGUCAACCCAAUGGAGACUUAUGAGGACCAGCACAGCAGUGAGGAGGAGGAGGAAGAGGAGGAGGAGAGUGAGGAAGGUGAGGAGGAAGACGAUAUCACCAGUGCAGAGUCUGAGAGCAGCGAGGACGAGGAUGGAGCCGAGCAGGAGGACCAGCAGGCCGGUAACCGACAGCAGCAGCUCGAGUGGGACGACUCUACUCUUACCUACUGACUUACCCUAUCGGAUAACACACACUUCUCAUACACAUGCACACCAACAAAUGCACAUACACACACUCACUGUUUCACUCACACACCAGUGGGGAGUCCCACUUACCCUCCCCAAAUUUCCUUACAGAGCCAUGAAUAAAAUCAAAAGUUCUUGAAGCUAAAUGCAUAUAUGAAUAACUACAAAUAUAUAUAUAUAUAUGUAUAUAGUGUCUGUGGUGACAGAUGUUGCGGGAUCAGCUUAUUAUCCACUGGCCAAGGCUCCCUGGUUGUCAGCUUAGUGGUGAUGUUCAGUGUAGUAAAACUAUCACAUAUUAGCUGAAUGCGAGUUUUUGUAUUUAUUUCUCUUCUGUAUUUUUUUUUUUAUUCAAGGGAUAUUCCUGGCCUACUUUUUUAUUCACAACCUUGUGUUAUGGCGUUCAGAUUGGGAAUGAUUUUAUGUAUAUUGCACAUGAAUUUGAAAAAUGUUUG